AUGAAUGCUCAAACACAGGAUAUGAUCAAUAGGAGACUAGCCAAUUUCCACAUAUUAGCCACUACAGCUGCAGACCCGAAUCUAGAACAACUAAUAGCACCCCAGUCGUUACCACUAUUUCCCACACAACCUAUGGAAUUGGAGCCAAACCCAGUAGACCAAAUUCCAAUGCCUGAUUUUGACCCAGCUGAAAUACCUAGAGUACCAGCACCUCAUCCCCCAGACUAUGACCCAUGGUUUGAUAACCAUAGAGAUUAUCAACAACGCUACCCACUAGAAGACGAACCCAUGCCAAACCUAGCAGCCUAUCCAAACCUAGACCCCCUGGACCCAUAUUUUGAUAAUGACCAAUUCAUCAGGGAAAUCCUAGAGAACCCUUACCCACACGAAGAACCGAUGCCUCAGUUCCCAGACCCAAUACCAGCACCAGCCCUACCCAUGAGCACUGAGAAUGUGCAAGAACUCCGAACCUUUGGUGAGGAGAUUUUAUAA